AUGGACUCCCAGAGCUCGAAAGAGUCGAAAGAGGAAACUGCGUGGAAUCCGCAUAUGCUACAGCCCCUUGAACAUGUUCAGACUCGAAGCACGUCUCCGAAGUCCUUGUUGUCAGACCGGAGGCAUUCUUCCUCUGCCAGUACCUCCACCAGAUCGACAGGGGAUGACCUAGACUCCAACAGUUCUCGCGGCCGUCGCUCAAGACCUUCUGUGACGGCAAGCUCGGCCAACCUGAUUACUCUUCGCGAAAGAAGGGAGCAGCGAGAUAGUCAAUUGAGUACAUUGCGAGAAUUGACUGAGCAGCGAGACGAGCGCGCUCUCUCCGGCAACUCAUCAGUGACUUUCACCCCCAGCCAGGAUAGACCCUCGCUUGUAUCGCCGCUUUCAUCCGAGAAGUUCAGGCUCGGAUCGGAAGAGAAAGUGGUCCUCCAAUCAUUCAGUAAAGUUGUCUCCAGAAAUGUUGACAAAGAAGAAGCACGGCAACAGCAGCUUGACAGGUACAAUCAAGAGAACGAAGUCCAGCGAGAGAUUUACCGGCGUCUUGUGAAAUGGGAAGAUACGAAACAUGUUGGAUGGACCGACUAUAUGCUGUCGUGGUUGCUGCAGCAUUUUCGACAUUCUCCGAUUCCGGACUCAGAGGAGCUGAAGUCUUUAGCCCGUCAUUAUUAUCCCCCACGAUCGGAAUUGAAAUGCCAUGUCUGCGACUUUGGGCCUGGCAAAGCGGAGCACAAGGUCGUUGAUCUAGGCCAAAUCGAAGAGUAUAUGGUUGUCAAACCGGACUGGGCGGACGUCCGAUGGGUUCAUUGCCCAUUAGGCCUAGGUCUGAUGCAUUCAUCCGUAGAGGAUAUCUUUAUGCACGAAGGCGAGAUUGGCCGAUCGUUUGAAAACGCAGGGAGAUCAGGUUUCCCUUACUUGGAGACCGAAAUCUUAAACUUCAGACACCGGGAAAACUUUCAGGAGAUGCGGGAUGUCUACUUACUGUUACGAGAUCGAGACGAGCUUGAUGAUGAUCUCAAUGAAUCUACAUGGAAAGCCGAUCAUAACGCGAGCCUCCAUACCGACAUCGAUUGGCGAGCAAAACAUUUGGCUACCAAGCCGAAUUUCUGGAAUUUGGUAAGCUCUGACAUGCCCUGGCAACUAUCCGAAGGCUUGUCUAUGGGAGCUAUGACACCCAAGUUUGGACUUCAGGCCAUCUCUCGCAAGGUAGAAGACCAAAUCUUAUCCAUGUUUCCGUUCUACGAAGACGCGCAGCUGGUUCGAGAUCCAUUUCGAGCCUUCCAUCGUGGUGACGGGUUUCUUCUCACUCUUUCUCCGAUGGGUGGCGUCAACUACCUGGACAAAAGCUUCUCGGAACAUCUAGCCGAACCGUUGGAUGCAAUGUUCGAGAACGACGAUGCGUCCGCGGUUGGUCAUUCCUACCAAGCCUUUGCUGAAAGUGGUACGGACAGCUGGCACCGAAGAAAUGUAGAAUGGUUCCUUAUCUAUCUAAUGACCGAAGUCGGCACCACACCCCACCCAAUGCGCCAGGGUUUCAAUGCCCCAACAGUAGACAGCGCUUACAGUUCUGUAAUCCAGGAGCUAAAGCGACAGCGUUUUGAUGAAUGGCAGCCCAAAGUGACUGUGACCUUAGUGCGGAAGUAUCUGAAUUGCCUGGACGAGUUGACUUACAUCACGCUCAAUCUCAAGAAGAAGAUGAGCAUGUUCAAAGCUGCCCAACUAGACAUUAAGUCGUUCGAGCUCGAAGACAAGGACAGAGGAAAUCUGCCGGAUAAUCCGGACGGUGAAAGCGCGUUGCAGAGGCUGGAGUGGGCGAUCACGACAAUCAAAAAUGACUCGGAAUACUUUGAGCGCCUUUUGAUUGAUUUGAAGCAAUCACUCGAUGCGCUCUUCCAGAUCCGCUCCAUCGAACAAAAUGACAUGCAGAUCGUUUCUGACUCUCAAAACAAAGCGAUUCUGGUGUUCACCGGUGUUACCACCGUCUUUCUCCCCCUGUCUUUCUUUACGUCUUAUUUUGGAAUGAACCUUGAAGGUAUCGCCAAUACAAAAGAAUCUCAAGGGUAUUUCUGGAAGGUCUGUGGGACGGUGGCUUUCUUGAUCGUGCUUGUCAUCACCUUCGGAGCUUUCAGCCAUCAUCUGAGACGGGUGAGCAGACAACGAAUGAGAAAGUCGGGUGCUAUAGGUAUAUGA